UCGCCGCGCCAGCCGUUGAGACACCACCGCGGCUGUGGAAGCCCUCGGACGCGGCCAAGCCCAGGGAAGGGCGCCGGGCUGGCAUUACCAUCUCCAUUACACCCGCGCCGCCCGAAGAAUACUCCCGAAGGGACAGCAGAGCGAGCUGACAUCUAGCCAUGGCCAAAGACUUAAAGAGCCUGGUGGGCGCGGGAAGCGCCCGGGAGCUGCAGGAGAAGCUGGAGAGCUGGGAGCAGAACUACGAGGGGAAUUCUGCCGGUGAAAAUCUAAGCCAAGGCUGCGAAAUAUUAGAACUGAACAACGCAAUUCAAAAGCAGCUCUUCUCAAUUCUCAACGAAACAUCUCAAGGAGAUGAAAGUGCAGCAAAAAUAAAAAGCUGUCUCCUGCCAAGUAUAUGCUGUGCUGCUUCAGGAAGUGACAACCUUACUCAGGAUUCAGCUGAAGGAGAACUACAGCUGAGAGAUUUGUCCUGCAAACCGAGAUGCGAACUGCGAGACCUGGAAGACAAACUAAGUGAAACUCGUGUGCAAAUCAACCAAAUGGAGCGAGAUCUGAAGGCUUCCCGGUGCAACUUAAAGAGGUUACAGCAACUGGAUGAGUACGAGCAGAAGAUUGAGAACUUGCGCGAUGAAAUUGCUAUGCUGGAUUGCAAAAAGUCUGUUAUCCAGAGCAGGCUUUCGCGGACCUGCACUCCUCCACCAUGCCGUCUGAGGCCCUGUAUCUCUCCUCCACCAUGCCCUAUGAGGGCUUGCUCUCCUGCACCGUGCCCUAUGAGGCCCUGUAUUUCUCCUCCACCGUGUCCUAUGAGGGCUUGUUCUCCAUGCCGUCCGAGGGCUUGUUCUCCAUGCCGUCCAAGGGCUUGCUCUCCAUGCCUUCCGAGGGCUUGCUCUCCGUGCCCUGUGAGGGCCUGUUCUCCAUGCCCUCCGAGGGCCUGUUCUCCAUGCCCUCCGAGGGCCUGUUCUCCAUGCCUUCCAAGGGCCUGUUCUCCAUGCUUUCCGAGGGCCUGCUCUCCAUGCAUACCAUGCCGUCCGAGGGCCUGCUCUCCAUGCCUGCCAUGCCGUCCGAGGGCCUGCUCUCCAUGCCUGCCAUGCCGUCCGAGGGCCUGCUCUCCAUGCCUACCAUGCCGUCCGAGGGCCUGCUCUCCAUGCUUUCCAUGCCGUCCGAGGGCCUGCUCUCCGUGCCUGCCAUGCCGUCCGAGGGCCUGCUCUCCGUGCCUGCCAUGCCGUCCGAGGGCCUGCUCUCCAUGCCUGCCAUGCCGUCCGAGGGCCUGCUCUCCGUGCCUGCCAUGCCGUCCGAGGGCCUGCUCUCCGUGCCUGCCAUGCCGUCCGAGGGCCUGCUCUCCAUGCCUGCCAUGCCGUCCGAGGCCCUGUGUCAGGCCCUGUGUCAGGCCCUGUGUCAGGCCCUGUGUCUCUCCUCUGCCAUGCCGUUUGAGGCCCUGUGUGAGGCCCUGUGGGCCCUGCGUGCCCUGCGUGCCCUGCGUGAGGCCUUGUGUCCGUCCUCCCAAGUGCCGUGCCCUUUGCGCAAGGCCCUGUUCACCUCCGCGGGUCAGGCGGAGCAGCGCAUCAUACCGCGCCUGCCUCAUAGCUCGCUAUAACUUCAUUUACGCUAAAGAGCGCUUGGAGGCAGAGUGCAUUUUGAAGCGAUACGUCUGUAACUUGGAGACGGUGCAGAGGAUAAUAUACAUUGCAGUUGUGGAAUCUUUCCGUGCGGCAAAGAUGGCCUUCUGGAAGGUCAAAAUAAAUGUAAAAGACACUAUGGGUAUAUGUUAUAGAGGGGGACCUACGUCACUUGAAGUUGCUGUCCUGGAUUAUAUAGCUUGCCACAAGGAUCUGUAUGACGUUUGUUGCAGUGUCCAUGAAGUAGUUUGCUCCAUGAACAGGAACCCAAAGCUUCCAUGUCCAGGAGAACUGGAUUUCGUUGUGAUCAGCGGUUUGAUUCGAGAGUUGUGCUGUUUGGCUUAUUCAAUGCAGACACUCAUUCCUCCUCUUGAUAUUGUCUAUGGUGUGGAUGGAGAAUGCUUCAACAGGAACAUGUACUUUCGUAGCUUUGACUCAGAUUUCGCAGCUCCCUUUGUGGCCUAUCACGUCUGGCCUCCUCUGAUAGAAGAUGGUACUGUAAUUGUGAAGGGAGAAGUAGUCACUAAAAAAAUGGUUAUGUGUCCUCGCAGAUGCAGAAUUAGAAGCAGAAGCUGCAGCUGUGGCCGUCCUCUGCUGUGUGGUCAAGUGCCUCGAAGCCGCAGUCUUUCAACAGUGAGGGUCAGAAGGCGCUGCUAACUGGACAUCUUCCUGCAAUGCAACACAACUGGAUUCAACAACUUUGCUGGUGCAGUUUCUCUUCGGAAAUACCUCAAAUCUCUCAAUGAAUGGUUGUCACUCCAAAUGGA